UUUUCCUCGAGCGAAGACUGGAGAAGUUCUUUUAGAGAGGCAGCCUGCUGGCUCGCGAGUCUGGAGUAACUUAGAGCUGCGAUGGACGCACUUUUCGUUUGUCUGGUGUCAUUAGUCCUGCUUUCGGGGACGGGAUUACGACAAGCCGAAGCCUUAGAGUGUUAUUGCCAGCACUGCAGUAACUUCACAUGCUCUACGGACGGCGUCUGCCUCGUCACUGUCUUGAAGUCUGGGAACAAGAUUAAAGUGGAGGAGAAGCUUUGCGUCGCUAAGAAAGACCUGAUUCCCCAAGAGCGACCGUUCGUCUGUGCCGACUCCAUCAAAGGGGACACUAGCGUCCACCCCAAGUGCUGCUACACCCACAUGUGCAACAAGGACUACGAUUUAAAUGUGACAGAUCCCCCCCCUCGAGCCUCCCCCCUGGGUCCCGUGGGACUGGCGGCGGUCAUUGCGGGACCGGUCUGUGUGCUCUGCUUCGUGCUGGUCCUGGUCUUCUACAUCUGCCACAGCCGCUCCGGCAUCCACCAGCGCGUGCCCAGUGAGGAGGACCCGUCCAUGGACCACCCCUUCCUGGCCGAUGGCACCACCCUCAAAGACCUCAUCUACGACAUGACCACGUCCGGCUCUGGCUCUGGCUUACCCCUCCUGGUGCAGAGAACCAUCGCAAGAACCAUCAUCCUGCAGGAGAGUAUCGGCAAGGGCAGGUUUGGGGAGGUGUGGCGCGGCCGCUGGAGGGGGGAGGAGGUGGCCGUUAAGAUCUUCUCCUCGCGAGAGGAGCGCUCCUGGUUCCGGGAGGCCGAGAUCUACCAGACCGUCAUGCUGCGACACGAGAACAUCCUGGGCUUCAUCGCCGCCGACAACAAAGAUAACGGCACGUGGACCCAGCUGUGGCUGGUCUCUGACUACCAUGAGCACGGCUCCCUGUUUGACUACCUGAACCGGUACACAGUCACCGUGGAGGGCAUGAUCAAGCUGUCCCUGUCCACCGCCAGCGGUCUGGCACACCUGCACAUGGAGAUUGUGGGGACGCAAGGCAAACCCGCCAUCGCCCACCGUGAUCUGAAAUCCAAGAACAUCCUGGUGAAGAAAAACGGCACCUGCUGCAUCGCGGACCUGGGCCUGGCCGUGCGGCACGACUCUGCCACAGACACCAUCGACAUCGCGCCCAACCACCGGGUGGGCACCAAGAGGUACAUGGCCCCCGAGGUCCUGGAUGACUCUAUCAACAUGAAGCACUUCGAGUCGUUCAAGAGAGCCGACAUCUACGCCAUGGGCCUGGUGUUCUGGGAGAUCGCCCGCCGCUGCUCCAUCGGAGGCAUUCACGAAGACUACCAGCUGCCCUACUACGACCUGGUGCAGUCGGACCCCUCGGUGGAGGAAAUGAGGAAGGUGGUCUGUGACCAGAAGCUGCGGCCCAACAUCCCCAACAGGUGGCAGAGCUGUGAGGCCCUGCGCGUUAUGGCCAAGAUCAUGAGGGAGUGCUGGUAUGCCAGCGGAGCUGCCCGCCUCACCGCCCUGCGCAUCAAGAAGUCGCUGUCCCAGCUCAGCCAGCAGGAGGGCAUCAAGAUGUAGAGCCGCCCCCCCCCACAGCCUGCUGUCUUUCCCUUCCUUCAGUCCCAGCGCCGCCCCCUUCUCCCUGUCAUUUCACGCCUGAGAGGAUGCUAGUUCUACCUCGCCGAGGUGACAGCAGGUCGCAUCCCACAGCGCCCCCUGCUGGGUCUGCAUAGGACCAUAGUGCCCUGUUGAACUCCGCGCUGAGACGCCACCCGGCCCCCCACCCCCCCGAUGAACAUACACAGGGCAGCCCAGUCAAACUGGGAGAUGGAGAAGCAGGAAAGGCCUGCUCGUAACAUCGGAGGGAUUUGGGGGGGGGGGGAAGCUCAGACAGAAGCUCAGAGCUGUAUUACCUACGAAUGAAAUGAACCAGAUGAUGUUGUUUUAAAUCUCUUUAUUAUCAGGUACCCUGAAUAAGCAUUUCUCCUUCCUGUCUCUGCCUGGGAGAGAGGGGGGGUCCAUAUUUAGUCACUCCCCCUCUUUCUUGUUAAUUUAACAGAUGACUAUUUCUUACAAUUGUUUUUUCAUACAAAACUGGACAUGACCUCAUUCAGUCUUGGCAAACAUGCUAUGACAUAUGCAAUAUUAUACAGUAUGUGUGUGUGUGUGUGUGCGUGCAUGUCAUGUAUACAUGCCUGUCUGUCACGCAUGUACACAUCCAUGUGGACACACACUCACACACGUACACGUACAUAUGCACGCAUAUACGCCGGUAUAUUUAUAUAUAUAUAGUUACUGCAGUCUCAGUACGACCAUGCCUUCCAAACCAGGUGUUACCAGAAAGUGCCACCGCUGUGAAUGGGUCCCGUCCGGCUGUAGCCUAUCAGUGCGAGGGGCCUGCACACACGCUCGUGUCGGUCACGGGAGACCCCGGGGGUCGGGUGGCUGGGAGCAGGACGGGGCCACAAACCGCAGCCCCAGACAGCUGCCCGGGACACUUCAGGGUCCUGAUCUCUUCUGUUCGUACACGUUCAUACACACACACACACAGUGCCUGCGCACACACACAGGGAAGCAUUAACUCCUUCUCCCUCCUCACACACUCUGCGCUCUCUCCUUCCUCUCUUUCACACCGUCUGUCUCCGCACACGUGUGUAUCCAUGGCCUGGCAGGUUUUAUUCAAAUAUAGCAAGUGGACAUUUUACUAAGCCAUAGGUUUGUCAGCAUUUUGUGGCAAUUUUUCUAUAAGAAUGUACAUUUCAAAAUUGCUGUUACAAAGGGACUGCUUCACAGUGAAUCUGAGCAUGUCUUACGGGACCAAUAUUGGUUUGAUCUAGUUAAUCAUUAUCGAAAGGUAAAGAGCAGGUUUUGGCCAGAUGCAGUGAAUCCUGUUCAAUACAUCUCCAUAUUACCACACAACUUGUAUGCUGAUAGGUGCAGUGGAAGAUUUGUCAUUUUGAUUGUUUUGCAAAAUAAUUUAUUUCUAUAUAAUGUUGUAUUCAAACAUAUAUAUGUAUUUACUCAGACUACGUGUUUGUGUCAUGUAUGUGACUUGGACAAUGCUAAUUUCUUUUAAUCAUGACUCUGUUCUGCUCCUGGUCUCCAUAGCAAUAAGUGCAGUUUUCCGCGAGCCCGUUGCAGCUGGCGUGUGUGGUAAUGUGGUGUGGUGCAGACUGAGGUGUGAGGCGCUUUCCGCCCAGCGGUCUGACCCAGUGCUGCAGCAGUCUUCCCUACAGCCCUGUGGCGGGUCAUUCUCGAAAUGGGAGGGGGCGGCGCCCUCUGAGAUUGGAUAGGAGGGGCACAAAACUGUGAGAUGCAGGUUCACCUCUGGGUGUAAAGCACAACACAUGCCAGUACCUCUCACCAGCCCAUAACUCUGACCCAAAAUGGGCGCCGGUUUGUCCUGUUUUGACCAAAAACAACUUGCCCUAGGAAUAUAAUGUGCCAUGCAAACAGUAUGUGAUUGUAUCCUAUUAAAUGUUAAUACUGUAAA